UGUUCGGAAUGGAUCUUCCAGAAGCCACGCUUUGCUGCUGUGCCAGUCGAGGCCGAGCGUGACAAUAGAAGGGGGGGGGUGUGGGGAGGGACAGAAACACACAAAUUAGUUUUCGUUAAAAGUUUCGCUCUGCAUAAAAUUUGCACGAUGCAGUCAAAGAUUUGCAGUGAAACGGCCGCCAAAACUAUGCCGGAGGACGGGGAGACCGAAGAAACGAGCGCGAAAUCUGAAGGGCGACACACGCCACGGCCCGGCGAAUCAGCGGAAAAUGCCGAAGCCUUUCCCUCGCCUGAGUCGUCCUCCGCCCCGGAGGCUCCUUGCCCGGCAGACGAAGGGACCCUGGACGGGGUCCCCGCCUCGGCACUGGUUCUGAAUGGGUUCCCGUUCCUGAAGGCGGGCGAGCGGCCCUUUUCUCAGCGCGGGAGGCUCGUCGUGAGCAACGUCCCACAGGGAGCGAGCGAGGACGACCUAAGGAGGUUCUUCAUUAAGUUUGGGCGCCUCGCCGAGGCGUGCGUCGACUCUGACAAGAGGGAAGGAGUCGUGAGGCUGGAGACUAGCGCUCUGGCUGAGAUCGCUCGCACCGAGUUGGACGGAGCUUGCUGGGGUCUGCCUGCCCUGCCAAACCCAUCGACCCCGCCGCCACAGCCAGACCCAUCGGCUGACCUCACCACCACCAGCGCAGACGCCGCCAGCAACGGAGAAUGCAGCCCCGCCGAACUCGCCGACAGUGGCGACGGCGACAACGCUACUGCGGCAGGUACGGCGGCAGCAGCCGCGGCAAUCGAACUGGAAGCGGCCGAUGCAGCGCAAGCAGAAGCAGCACCAGAAACGCCGGAGGCAGAUGCGGCAGAAGCAGCGGGAAGCGACGGCCCGGCUGAUGGAGAAGCAGGUGAUGCGGCAGGGGAAGAGGGUGAGACGGGCAUAGCGGAGAGCACGAACGAGGAGGUGGAGGAAGACGCCACGGUGGAGGGAGCGGAUUCGAAUUCGGAGACUCAAGAUGCGGCGCCACUUAACGAAGGCAAGGGGGAGGCCAACGGAGGAGAGGAGGUAAAGGAGGCGGCCGAGCCGCAGGGCCCGAGGGUCCGCGUGCGUCGCGCCCGCCACUCGGCGGCGCUCUCCGUCGGGAACCUCUCGCCCUGCGUCUCCAACGAGCUGCUGGCCGAGGCGUUCGGCCGCUUCGGGGAGGUGGAGAGGUCCAUCGUGGCGGUGGAAGCCUCGGGCAGCGCCAGCGGAGGGAGCCGGGCGUCGGGGCGCGGGCGGCUCGAGUUUACGAGCACCGAGGAGGCGAGCCGGGCGGCGGAGGCGUGCCGCGACGGCGUCUUCCUGCUCACAGCAUGCCUCCGGCCUGUGAUGGUGGAGCCCUUCAAGCAGCUGGACGAGGAGGAGGGGGUCCCGGAGGCGAGCCUGCCCAGAACCCUGCACUACUACAAGGAGCGCUCGAAGGCGCCGCGCUUUGCGACGCCGGGCACCCUCGAGUUUGAGUUUGCGGCGCGGUGCCGCGCCCUCGACGAGAUGGAGCGGCUGCAUGUGCAGCAGGUGGAGCGCGGGGUGCAGCGUGCCCGGGAGAGACUGGAGGCCGAGAUGGAGACGGCCUAUCACGACCGCGUGCGGCGCCGCGAGGAGAUGCGGCGUCUCGACGAGGAGAGGAGGCGUCACAUGGAUGCCCAGCGAGCAGCCUACUCCUCUGACGCGCAGCAUCCCGUCACGGAUAAACGCCCUGGAACGGAACUGGAAACGGAGGGAGCGAACCCUUACUCCUCUCCUCUACCGUACAAAUCGGAGUCGGCUCACUCGACACGCACCACGCCCAUCUCCGCACAGACGCAGCAUGCAGCGCAGCAGCACAUGCAGCACGCAGCAGCGCAGCAGGCGCAGCAGCACACUCAGCAUUCGCAGUACACGCAGCAGACGCAGCUCGCGCAGCACGCAGCGCAGCAGCACACAAUGCAGCACACAACGCAGCACAGGGAAUACUCAGAGCUUCCUUCGCACCCGCAGCAGCAGCAGCACCCGCAGCACCCGCAGCACACGCAGCACCCGCAGCAGCAGCAGCAGCAGCACACGCAGCAGCACACGCAACACACGCAACACACGCAGCACACGCAGCACUCGCAGCACCCAGAUCGCUCCGUGCAAGACUCGCAGGCGGAACGCAUCUCCCGCAGCGUGCACGGCGCUCGCGCGGCCCAUGCGGAGCAGCACGCCGCUCGGACCGCGCAGCAGCAGCACGCGGAGCAGCACGCAGCGCAGCUUGGUGCACAGCAGGGGGCGCAACACGGAGAGCAGCACAUGGAACAAGCGCAGCAGCACAGCAUGCAGCAGCACAGCACGCAGCAGCACAGCACGCAGCAGCACAGCACGCAGCAGCACAGCACGCAGCAGCACAGCACGCAGCAAGCGCAGCACGCGGAGCCGCACAGGAGCGACAUGGAGCUGCCCUUGUCCUCCGCGCACCAACAGCGCUCGGACCUGGGGCAGCUGCUGCUGAUGGCUCCGGAGCAGAGGAGACUCCACGGGGGCCACGGGGGCCACGGGGGCCACGGGGGUGCCGUCGGUGUUGGAGACGACAGGCUCUGGGCCGGCAUCCCGGAAUCGAUGGCGCUGGCCGGCUUCGCGCAGACCAGCGCCGUGGCCCUCGGCGUCGCCGGACUCAUGAGCCUCUCCCAGUACGAUCCGUACCGGGACGCGGGCCCCGCAGCCGGCACGGACGGCCGCGGCCACGCCCACGAGUCGGACGCGAGCCGCUACGCGGGGCCGGGCCGGGGCCCCGCGAUGGGCGCGGCGCCGCCCGGCGACGAGUACGAGGCGGAGAUCAAACGGCGACGCUUUUAGGCGAAGGAGGAACGGAAGAAAAAGGAAAUGGUCUUGUUUCUGCAUCCGCUCGUAUGGCCGUGGCUCUUCGCGGUCAUGUUGCCGUGCGUACGUUCCUUUCUUUCGCACCGUACGUAGCUGGCCGUGCUGAAUGGGGAAGGCAUCCCGCGCGCCUGCCCGCGCGCGUGCGUGUGAGUGCGCGUGCGUGUGUGUGCGCGUGCGUGUGUGUGCGUGUGUCUUUUUCGGGUCGUGCCCGCGUGUCGAUCCACGGCGCGAUGUGUCCGACGUUUCGCACCGGAAGCCGAGUUGAGUUCCAGCACGUGGAGCGAAACGUCGGACAUUGUGCCGAAGAGCGCAACCCCCGAAAACACGUUGGAGAAUUGUGGAUCUCUCUCCCAUGAGUAGUGAAAGAACUGUGGUGGCGGUGGUGAUGAUGAGUU